UCUCGAAGGGCAGGGCGCAGGGCGGCUGGCCCCCGCAACGAGAGACUCCAGUCGGCUACUUCCCUAGCUGAACCCACCCGGCUGCCGCUAGCGAUCGAUGCCUUCAGAUGAGAUUUAACACUCCGCCGUGCAUAUAGUUGCUUUGACGCUGAUUCGCCGUUGGUCGUCCAAAGAUUACAACCUGACAAAAUGACAGAUUCCACGGUGGCCGACACUCGCCGGUUGAAUUCCAAGCCCCAGGACCUGACGGAUGCGUACGGCCCCCCCAGCAAUUUUCUGGAAAUAGACGUUUUCGACCCACAGAUCGUUGGAGUCGGACGAACCCGAUACACAACCUACGAAGUUCGCAUGCGGACAAACCUUCCCAUUUUCAAACUGAAGGACUCGUGUGUGAGAAGAAGAUACAGCGACUUCGAGUGGUUAAAGAUUGAGCUGGAAAGAGACAGUAAGAUUGUAGUACCACCUCUGCCGGGCAAAGCCCUGAAGAGACAGUUGCCGUUCCGUGGAGACGAGGGCCUUUUUGACCCAAGCUUCAUUGAUGAGCGGCGAUCUGGCCUGGAGCAGUUCAUCAACAGAAUUGCAGGUCACCCCUUGGCCCAGAACGAGCGCUGUCUUCACAUGUUCCUGCAAGAUGAAGGCAUUGACCGUAACUACAUUCCUGGAAAAGUAUGAAUGAAACUGCUGCACCUGCCCCGUGUACAUUUAUUUCUACAUCACGUCAUUGUAAAGCCGCUGGAAAUGUCAGAACUGAAGAGUGUCAACGGCGUCGGAGAAACACAACUAUUGCUCAAAACUUUAUUGAAAUCCAUUGUAUUAAACAUUUGAUGUCAUGUCUUUAUUCAGCCAUUCCACAUAUUAUAUGUACAUUAUUUUUGAUUCAGUAAUCAGUGAAAAUUAAGACAUGUUCCAUUUUAUCAUAGCUAGAUUUUUCUUUUUUUACAAUGAUGCUUAUGUUUUCUGAAUGUCUCUUUUUUUUCUUUUUUUUUAAUUGAGUCAAUCAAGUUUUAAAAAGUUUAAUUUCCUGCUUCAAUUUGGGUUCCUCGGUGCGAGCACAUAUGAGAUUUUGAUGGAAACCUCCCAAAGUCGAGCAACAUGUAGCAUGUUGGGAAUAAAGACAGAAACAUGUCAUUCCAGUCAGUGUAUUUUCUCCUGAGGCUUAUUUUCUGGAAACACUCUUAAAUCAGGAUUCUUUUACAACUAACUGUUUUUAACUCUGCUGUCUGAGUUACAUCAUCCUGCUGUGUUGUCCAGUCAGCUAUUGGGAAUGUUAAUUUAGGUAAAAUAACAAUAUCUAAGCACUGUGACAAGAGGUUCAUUAUAUGAACAAUAUUUCAUUGCUCCAAAGGCGUAAUCAGCAUCUGGUUCAUUGAUCCACAAUAAGGAUAGUUCUGUGCUUACUUUUCCAGUUUUGUUUUUCUUUCUGUCUAUAUUAUUGUGAAGUGUAUUAAUACAUGUUGCCAUUGCAGUUCCGCUCUGGGUGACUGGGAACUUCCUUGUUACUCUUGUCCUCCCAAUUAAAUUUCCUGCUGCCUGCAGUGUCAUGUCUGCAUAUCUCUUCUGGGUUCUGAUUCGAGGAAUUGCAACAAAAUCACUAAAACUGGGCUCAAGGUCAGUGCCUAGUGCGUCACACUGAGACAGAUCAAAGAGUCAUGGGAGCUGGAUGAGUGGCUGCAGGUUGGCAGGUGCCCUAAUUUAACAAUGACAUGCGAAAACAUGAAGUUGGAAACAUAAAUAUUAUACCUAAUGCAUAAAGACUAUUAAACAGGGUUGAAACAUUAAAACUAGUUUUCAUUUGUGGACUGGAUAGUGAAGGACUGUAUGUGAAUUCCUGAUGUAGUGAGAAGAGAUGAACCUGUUUAACCUUUGUAAAGUCUCAGUUUUCUGUUUUAUUUCCAGUCUUUGAACCAAAUACAUGAAAAUGGUUUUACUACUUCUACAACUAGGGAAAAAAUGUGGGUUAAUAAAUUAAGAUAAAUAUUUGCCAACUAGUUUGAUAAUUCAUUAUUUUGAAACAUUAAAUAUAUUGAGGUUUUUCAUUGUUGCUCGAAUAUAACAAGUAAUUUGAAAACAACAGCUUUGAUUGGAAAAAAAAUACUCAUACUUUUUCUUUACCUUCCGGCAUUUUAUUGGAAAAAAAUAGAUUUAUAUGAAAUAGCAGAGCACGGUCCUGUAGUGCAGCAAAUAUAAAAACUGCCUUUUUGUCAGGAAGGAAGUAAAACCGUGGCAAUGCUGGUUCUUUUUGUUUUGCCAAACAUGAGUCUCAAAGUCCUCUAAUCUUUUUUCUUGUUGUUGUUCACCCUCAGGAAAUACAGGGAUUAACAGGGGAGAGGGGAGUUCUGGCCACAGGUGGAUUAAACUUGUCCCAGAAUAGUGAUCUUGUGAUGUAGGCCUUGAACUGCAGGUGAUCUAAAUUAGACCCAACUGUAACUAUACACAAGUGGGUUUGUGAAUAUAAAAUAAAAGGAAUUACAAACAA